CACAACAGGAGCGGGUUUUGCCCGUCUGAUGCAGUGAAUAACCGGCUCUCCUUGGGCGCGAAGAUGGUGCUUCCGAGUGCGUGGGACGUCGGCGGCUCGCUGCUGGAGAAGGCUGCAGGUAGCUCGCUGCCCCUCUUGCUGGCUUUCCUCGCCCUGAGCUUGGGAUACUUUCUUCAGGUGGGCUCUCGCAGCCGCAAACAGCCCAGCGUCGGCCACGAGAAUUAUCCUCCUUACAUACCAUCAAACAUCCCCUUUUUGGGACAUGCAAUUGCAUUCGGGAAAAGUCCAAUUGAAUUUUUGGAAAAUGCCUAUGAAAAGUAUGGACCUGUAUUUAGCUUCACGAUGGUGGGGAAGACAUUUACUUACCUCCUGGGCAGUGAUGCAGCUGCUCUUUUGUUCAAUAGUAAAAACGAAGAUUUGAACGCAGAGGAUGUGUAUUCACGUCUAACUACACCUGUGUUUGGCAAGGGAGUUGCAUAUGAUGUGCCCAACCCGGUAUUCUUGGAACAAAAGAAGAUGCUGAAAAGUGGGCUGAAUGUAGCACAAUUUAAAAACCAUGUACCAAUAAUAGAAGAAGAAACAAAGGAAUAUUUUAAAACAUGGGGAGAAAAGGGAGAAAGAAACUUGUUUGAAGCACUUUCAGAGCUAAUCAUUUUGACAGCGAGCCACUGUCUGCAUGGGAAAGAGAUAAGAAGUAUCCUCAAUGAGAAGGUAGCACAGUUGUAUGCUGACCUGGAUGGGGGAUUUACACCUGCCGCUUGGCUUUUGCCACAAUGGUUGCCUUUGCCAAGCUUCAGACGAAGAGAUAGAGCCCACAGAGAAAUAAAGGCUAUCUUCUAUAAAAUAAUUCAGAAACGACGGCAGUCCUUGCAGAGUGAGGAUGACAUGCUUCAGACUCUACUGGAUGUCACCUACAAGGAUGGGCGUCCCUUGACAGAUGAUGAAAUUGCGGGAUUGCUUAUUGGGCUGCUGUUAGCAGGACAGCACACAUCUUCAACCACAAGUGCUUGGCUCGGCUUCUUUUUGGCAAGAGACAAAUCAUUGCAGCAACAGUGUUAUCGGGAGCAAAAAGCCGUGCGGGGAGAUGAUUUCCCUCCACUACAUUAUGAUCAGCUCAAAGAUAUGAGUUUACUGGACAGCUGCUUGAAAGAAACACUAAGACUCAGGCCUCCUAUAAUGACUAUGAUGAGGAUGGCUAGAACUCCACAAACAGUUGCGGGGUAUACAAUUCCACCUGGACAUCAAGUCUGUGUGUCUCCGACUGUCAAUCACAGACUUAAGGACUGUUGGACAGAAAAUGUAAACUUCAAACCAGACCGUUACCUCCAAGAUAGCCCUGUUGCAGCAGGAGAGAAGUUUGCAUACAUACCAUUUGGUGCUGGUCGUCAUCGUUGUAUCGGAGAAAAUUUUGCUUAUGUUCAAAUUAAGACUAUUUGGUCGACUCUUCUGCAUUUGUAUGAAUUUGAUUUGGUGGAUAAUUAUUUUCCUACUAUCAACUAUACCACUAUGAUCCACACACCCACUAACCCAGUCAUUAGCUACAAAAGGAGAUCACAUAACGUGUCUCUCUCCAGCUAAUCUGCAGAGACAUUUCUGGACAAGUUAUGCAAAGGUUGUCCCAGGGGAGACUGGUCACUGUUUGUACUGUUGUGAAGGAUCUGAAUGUUAAGCUGUUUCUUAGAAUGUGUGUUCUGCAAGUCUGUCCCUUGCUUUAUAUUCUAAUUGAGUCAUUUAAAUGUGCAUUCACCGUUGUUUGCACCUUUAAUAUCCAAAUUCAAUUAAUUUUUGACAUGAAACUAAUGUUCUGUUACAAAACUAAUCAUGAAUAGAUUCACAGACUUGCAUCUUUUCAUACAAAUUAAGAGUAAUAUCUGGUGUUCUUGACUCAUUAGGAAAAGGGUUCAAAUCACUGCAGUAAUGUGAUACCAACUUUCAGAGCAUUACUGUGCCAGCUCUUAAGUUUAGAUGAAACCAGCGUAGUCUAGCAGUUACGAUCAGGUAGACUCUAAUUAGGUGAACUGGAUUUGUCUCCUCACUCCUGCAUAUGAAGCCUACUGAAGGUCCUUAGGCUAAUUGCAGUUCUUUCAGAACUCCUUCAGCUGCACCUACUUUACAAGGUGUCUGUUGUAGGGAGAGGGAAGAAAGGGAGUUGGUAAACACUUUGAGACACGUGCAGAGAAAAACUGUAUAAAUCCAACUCUUCUUCUAAUAAUAAUAAUGGUAGCUGCAGUACUUCGAAGCAUCACUGUGUUUUUGGAAGAAAUGUUGGUUGUCCCUUCUAAAAAUUGGUCACUUUUUUAGUUUAAAAAAACACCCAUCAAAAUCGUGUACUCUCAUCCUCUCUUUGUAGAAAACUCUGCCCGUGUUUUUUGAGGCAGCAACUACAGGAAUCACAGAGAGGGAGAGAACUGUCUGGUAAGAAGUAAGGCAUAUGGCUGAUGAAAUUGAAUAAAAUAUACACAGUAAUAGAGCCAUUGCUACAUUUUCUGCAGACUCUUAAGCUCAUUUCACCCUACUAAUUAAUUAAACGCAGCAAUGUAUAUAUGUGACUUCCAUAAGAACCCUCAGGUAUACAUAUCUGUCUGAUUUUUCAAUUUGUCGUCAGUCAAAGUGGUGAUCAGAAAUAAAUCUUCAAUUCCACCACACCUCUGGGAAAAUGCUAACCCACUGAAUUAAUUUAGGUUCUCUCACCCAUUAUGGUACAUUAAAUUUAUAAGCCUACAGAAAGGACUUGACAGUCUCACUUCUCAGUUUUCUUUUGCCUUAAUCCUAUUUUUGAAAAGUUGUUUUUAAUAAAAUGUGGUUAUGCUGAA